AUGUCCUUUCUAAGUUGUUUCGCAAUUAUUUUGAUUAGCUUCAUACAUCACAUCGAUGGAAAGGUUUUGACUUGUGAUGAGUUUAUGGAAAUUCCAGAAAUUGAAGAAGGAGCUAUUUAUGCUGAGAAGUGCACGUUCUCGUUCGUGAGAUAUGAAGCCUUGGAUGAAGUUAACAUUUCACUUUUGACAGUACAUGAGCUUGAUUAUGAUAAUUAUGUGCAUGAAGUUGAAGCUUCGGGAUAUAUAAAAAGUGUAGAAUUUGUGAGUUCGAGAAUUCCCCAAUUACCAAAAGAACUUUUCGUGAGAUUUCGAAAUCUAAAAUCCUUAUCAAGUGAUGGUGUUAACUUAGUAACGUUGUCGAAAGAUGACUUUAAAUUUGCAGUGAAUAUUGAAGAGCUUUCAUUUAACUCAAAUUACAUAAAAAAUCUGGAGAAAUUGCUUUUUUCCGGAUGUAUAAAACUUUUAUCUCUUGACUUGUCGAUCAAUGUCAUUGAAACCAUCGACAAUACAGCAUUUGCUGGUUUAGAGUUUCUGAAGAAACUUUUGCUUUACGAUAAUAAAUUGAAGAGUUUAAGUGAUGACUUAUUUGAAGAUCUUAUCAUGUUGGAUGAAAUAAAUCUUAGCAGCAAUCAACUUUCAGUUAUUAAUGAAAGGCUUUUCAUGAGUUGCUAUAAAUUGAAUUAUAUUUAUCUGAAUGACAACAUGUUAAAAAGCAUCGCUGAGAAUGCUUUCAAUGAAAUCAAAGAAGUCAAAUAUCUUGAGUUGUCGAAUAAUUAUCUCGAAGCUUUGAAUCUCAAUCUAUCAGCGAGUGCACUUUAUUCCAAUCACAACAUUUUGAAAAGUGUGAAGUUGAAUAGUGUGGGAUAUUUACAGUUUUACAAUAAUUCAAUCAGUGAAGUUAAUUUUGUUGAUAAAGAGAAUAUCAUUAGCUUAAAUGUUUCGAAGAAUAAAUUAACUUCAGACACGUUAGCAGGUGUCACUGAGUUGAGUGGUCUGAGAUCUCUUGACUUGUCGUUCAAUAAUAUCGGCACUUUGAAUGUCAGUGCAUUACUCAAGUUACAAAAUCUUCAAAUACUUAAUCUUCAAUCGACAAACUUGGGAAAUAUCAGCUUCGGGUUCUUCACACAUCAAUCCGAAUUAGAUCAAUUGGAUUUGUCGUACAACAAUUUGAACAAUUUUGACUUGGCGAAACUUACUCCGCUGAAAGUUCUUACCGCGUUGUUUAUUGAAGGGAAUAACAUUACGAAAAUCGAUUAUGAAAACUUGAAGAAUCUUUUGCCAGCAUUAAAAACUUUCGGUUUUAGUGACAAUGCUUGGUCGUGCAAAUAUCUUUCAUCCUUAGUCUCUUACUUAGACAACAAUAAAAUUGAAAUUUUUAAACUUACAACGAAUAAAGAGAAAUCAAACGUCCAAGGAAUUGCAUGCUUGGAAAAUGACGAGCUGAGCGAUAAUAAAACUUUUGUGAUUCAACAUCAUGAUCUUCAGAACAAUGACACUGCAUUCAAAGCUUUAUCAGAGAGAUUUGAUGUAUUUGAAGACCAAAUCAAACGAAGACAUGAAAUCUUCGUAACAAAAGAAGAAUUAAUAAGACAAUUGGAUGUGAUUAAAAGUGCUUUGGCAGGUAUAAAUCGAGAUAUGAAUGAAAGGAUUUCUGCUCUUGUAAGAGAAAGCUUAGAUUUCGUGAACACAAGAAUUAAAAAAGGCAUCGAAACUAACAUUGAUGAGUUGAGAAUUCAAUUGACGUCCUUGACUAAAGAAAUCAAUUCAAUGAAAUAUUCUGCAACCACAGUUAAACCUCAACAACCACAAACAGCUGCUACUUACUCAUUUGAUGACAUCCUAAUGAAAGUUAUGCUUAUAAUAAUAUUCAUUGUAGUCAUUGCAUUUGCAACCAUUUAUAUCGUCAGAAUUUUCGUUAAGAGAAAUUCACAAAGAUUUGUUAUCCGACGACCACACUCAGAAACUGACACGAUUCAUGAGAACAUUUUCUAA